CACCUCCCCCUACUCUGAUUUCCACCUCACUCGAUCAGCUCCCUCUCUAAACCAACUGCUUCCCCCUCGCUCUGCGGAUCAACCGGAGUAUCUGCAGUGGAGCUGACAUCCAUCCAGAGCAAGAACAAGACCCAGGCUUGUGACUUUACGUUUAAAGUCCGCCUAAUCGGCUUUCAUAAACGUUCUACAUCGACUCCAACACCUCGACGUGUUUGCUUCGGCACGCAUUUCUCUGCCAGUGAAGACUUUCGCGACCAACAGAAUGGGAAAUGAAGCAAGUUACCCCUUGGAGAUGUGCACACACUUUGAUGCUGAUGAGAUUAAGAGACUAGGGAAGAGGUUUAAGAAACUCGACCUCGACAACUCGGGCUCCCUGAGCGUGGAGGAGUUCAUGUCCCUGCCCGAACUGCAACAGAACCCCCUGGUCCAGCGGGUCAUAGACAUAUUCGACACCGACGGCAAUGGUGAAGUGGACUUUAAAGAAUUCAUUGAGGGCGUCUCCCAGUUCAGUGUCAAAGGGGACAAGGAACAGAAACUUCGCUUCGCUUUCCGGAUCUACGACAUGGACAAGGACGGCUACAUAUCCAACGGGGAGCUGUUCCAGGUGCUGAAGAUGAUGGUGGGCAACAACCUGAAGGACACGCAGCUGCAGCAGAUCGUCGACAAGACCAUCAUCAACGCCGACAAGGACGGGGACGGCAGGAUAUCCUUCGAGGAGUUCUGUGUGGUGGUGGGCGGACUAGACAUUCACAAAAAGAUGGUGGUAGACGUGUGAUCAUCACUUCUCUUCCUCUCUCUCUCUCUCUCUCUCUCUCUCCAUGGACAAGGCCCCCCGGUCCUCCACACCUUUAUGUCUCGUCUUCUGCUUGUCUUCUACAUUGUCGAAGAAAAUCUGCUAAAGGUGUCCAGCAAGAAAACCAAAACAAACUAAAAAAAAGUAUAUAAAAAAACAACAACAAUCAAAAACAAACUAAAAAAACAAACAUUUUUUGCUUUGUAAAAUGUUCUCUCUCCCUCCCUCUCCCUCCUGUGGAAAGUAGUUAUGUGUGAAAUUACAGUUUUUUUUCUCUCUGUCUUGUUUUUAGUCUUUCACCCUCACUCCGCCCUUCCAAUUGUCUUUGGUAGGCCAACCUUUUUUUUGCGAGAACCCCCUCCUCCCCCCGGUCGUAGCACUUUUAAGAGGACACGCAAAAGCAGAACGGAGGACCGCUUUCUAUCGUUGAGCGAGCAUUUCAUUUCUAGGCAAAAAGGAAAGGGAAAUUAAGUGCGUGUUUGGGUGUGUAUGUGUGUUUGGGUGUGCGCAUGUAUGUGUGUGCUUUUUGUUUGUUUCCUUGUUUUUUUGAAGGGGUUAGGGGGAUUAUCUUAAAUCAUAUUUAUUUUGGUCUGUUUUUAUGCGAGGAAGAUCUAUCUAUCAAGUAGUUAGGUGGGAUGAGAGAAAUUGAUGUACUUGAUUUCAACACGACACAAGUACAAAGGACAGCAUGAAGUGCCAAUCAGAUUACACAAACUAGUUCAAGCGUGAUAUUUUGCUGUUCUUUUGUCAUAUAUAUGUAUCUAUAUAUAUGUAUAUAUAGAUAUAUAUGUGUGUGUGUAUGUGUGUGGAUAUGAAUAUAUGUGUGUGUGUGAAUAUGAGAAGAGCUCCAUCUGGGUAGUGGUAAUGCUGCAGAGGUUUAAAACAGCAGUGCUUCAGAUUUUCCCUUUUUUUGUGCUUCUUUCACAAAGAGUCAACAGACAGGUUUUAAUAUUGAACACAUUAAGCUUAGGAUCACACACACAUACUCUCUCACACUCACAAGAGGAAAAAAAAAUGAUAAUAGUCUUUUUUUGUAAUAUGGGGAUUGUAUGCUAUAUUUAUAUCGUCAGGGAGUUCCAUCUACCCUCGUUGUUUCUGGUGAUCUAUAGAGUAGAGAGAAAAGAUUUAACUAUAUAUUUAAAUUUCUGCACAUUCAAGCAUAUGGUUUACCCUUUUUGGAGACUGGUCUUUCUUUCUUUUUUCGUGAAUGGUGUCCACCGAUUUAAAUAUACAGGAAGGAAUAGUGCCAUCAGUUUCUGUAUGAACAUCUUGACGUAUAUUUGCUUUCAUUAGCUUUUUGACACAAAGUAACGACUUUCUCUCUCCCCCCCCCACACACACACACACACACACUCACACUCACACACACAAACACACUCUAUUGGAAAACAUUUGCCUAGCUACGUAUUGUCACAAGAAACCUUCACGGACACAUCUUAAUAUUUUGUGAAACAAACCAAAAAUGGACAUGAAGAAACUCUGUGUUUUUUUUGGUUUUGUUUUGAUUGUUUUUUUUUUGUUUUUUUUUUCAUGGUUACAAGUUUUCCAACUUCACUGCGGGGCAGCGUUGAACAGGUGAUAUGUUAAUGUGUAUAUUAGGCAUAUAGGUAUGAAAAUUGGGAUGGGUUGUGACGCACCGGGGAGCUUUAAUGUAAGCGCGUGUGUGUGUAAUGUAACAUGGCAUCACAUUAACAGAGCAGGUCGAGAAGCCUUCUGUUUACCUCCUCACUAUCCACACAACGUAAAAAUAAUGCAGCCAAGCUUUUGCGACAACCACUUUCUGCUUCGACUGUUUUGACAUGCUGCAGAAAAAAAAACGCGACUAAAACCUAAUCGUCACACUUUUAAUUCAAACAAAAAUAAGUAGCUUUGUGAACUAGUUUCUGGUUGUUUGUUGUUAAUUGCUUGCCUGGACGCUUUCACGGACCGCGUGGGCAUAUGAUGGUGCGGGCCCAGUGUCACCCGGAGGCGCGCGCUCUAAGCGCCCGCUCGUGCCAGUUGUCUCAGUUUUGUUUCCUUCCGAGUGCUGCACGACGAUGGCUCUUCUGUCUCUCCUUAGAGACCCGCCAGGGUCUCAUCCUGUGAUUGCAUGACAUGGAGGGUGUCUCUCUUUUUUUCUAUUCUGUUAAUUUUCUGUAUGCAUGUAGAUCCGAUUUUGAAGAGCGCCUCUUGUUUACAUAUGAAUCGUAAUGUUAAUAUAAUAUGAAUGACAAUGACAUAUUAGUAUGUGGAUGUUGCCAAACCUCUUUUUGGUUCAUGUUUAAAAGUAUGGAAACGAUUUAAAACGUAACUCCACUACAUAUAUUCACCAUUCUUAUAGUGAUAAUAAUUGAUAUAAUCUUUUGGAUCAGCGUCACAUGAUAAUAGUUUAAACCAAUUAGCAAAGCUUUUCUCCCCAACAACUGCCAGACGCCGUUUAGCGGGGAAACAUUUGUUUUCUGUAUGUUAAAUGUUUUUUUUUGUACAGAAUAUUUGUUAUAAACACGUAGCCUAUGAGUUCUCUCCCUAUCUAUUUCUUUUUCUUUUCCUUUUCAAAAGUCCGUCCUCCUGAGCUAUGUCCUCUAUGUAGAGAGGGAAAAUGGGCUUCUGUACCUGAAGGGCGUGUGUCGGUGGAGGUGGGGACGGGAUAAGGGCUUUCUAAAGAUGAAAAUGGUUUCAGUCUUGGGUUACACCUUUUUCCGUUUUUUCUCUCAUACUUGUUUGCAUGCUGCGUCAUAUGCCGUGGGAACCACUGAAACGUCAUACAUGAAAUUGAGAAAUAAAAUAUUUGAAACUUGU